AUGUAUAAACCAAAGUUCCAGUUUCGACCAAACACAACUGGUCUCAUAAUAAACAAACCGACAAUAGAUCUCACCAAGGUACGAAACCAGAUAGUACAAAUACCGACAUUCAAAAGGAAACUUCUCUACUUGUACAAACAAUUCUACAAACUAUGCGAUUUUCAGUACCAUGAGCAACACGAUAACAUCAACAAAUACCAAACCCUUCUCCGUCGAAACUUUUCACAUAUUUCAUUCAACAAUAGGCGGAAUGUUAUACUUUCAACAACUGAAGAUUUGAAUGAGAAAGAACUAGUAGAAAGAAUGUUGAAUACACUUGCAUUUGUAUUCAAUGCGACUGUGGCUCGGGAUGAUCCUCACAUAUUCGACGAAAUUCACAAUCACGAUGAUUUAAAAAAGACGAAUAUUGAGAAUAUGGAAGCAAAUAUAUUAAACACUAUCCUCCGAAUGGAUUCUACAAAGCCUGACGUGAUAAAGUACGAUUUCCAGUAUAAUUGGUGGGGCAGAUUCCGAAAUGACGUGAAAAAAGUCCAGGACUGGGAGAAAGUAACUCGGAAACAACUCAGACUGAUGAACCUCGAAUGGAUGACAUUCUACCAACAUGAAACUACGGUGAUGCGAUUGAAUGAAAACUUAAAAUUAUGUUUGUAG